AUGUCGACUACGAGAUUGACUUUUCUCUAUCCGCACCUCUUCCGGACCCUUCGAUCGGCCGAUUCGACGGCGUCGAGAGCAACCACGACGACGGCAACAUGCCGAAGACGGACUGCUGCCGAGGUUCGGAGUAGGGGAUACGCCGCGUUCACGCCGACGCAGGGAGCUCAGCAAUCCGGUUUUGCGCCUCGACACGGGAAGGGCGUCGAGCCGUUGACGGCCGACGGCGCCAAAACACGCAGAACGACGUCGCCGCCGACGCCAGAUACAUCCGACCCUGCUACUGCUGCCACUGCUGCUGCUACUACUGCUGCUGCCGCCGCCGCUGCCUCGGCUUCCACAUCCGCUACGCAGACCUCUUCUGCAUCCGACACGUCGAAACCCAGCGGCGGCGGUGGUGGUCAGGAAGGAACAGCGCAGCAGACCGGCGAGGAGCAGGAGGCGGACGAGGCCAAGGCGGCGAAGCAGGAGGCGCGCGACCAGGCCAAGAAGAGCGGGCCGCUGGAGGCGAUCCUGCACAUGGGACCGCCCGAGGAGGCGGCGAAGCAGCACCCGCACAUGUCGCCGCCGCCUUACGUGCACCACUUUGACAGCUACUCGCUGGUGAAGCAGCUCGCGGGCGGCGGAUAUACGGGGCAGCAGGCGAUCACGGCGAUGAAGGCCAUCAGGGCUAUUCUGGCGCAUAACCUUGACGUUGCGCAGGAGAGUCUGGUCAGCAAGAGCGAUGUUGAGAAUGAGACGUACCUCUUCAGAGCUGCCUGCUCGGAACUCAGUACCGAGGUGAAGAACAACCAAAAGUUGGCGGACGAGGAGAUGAGGCAGAAGAGGACGCAUCUGCAGCACGAGGUGGAUAUACUCACGCAGUCGCUCAACCAGGAGCUCCUGACGCUGAAUGAUAACGUUCGGGGGAUGUUUAAUGACCGCAAGAUGGCGGUUAGAGAGGAGCAGAAGGCUGGUGAUAGUGUGAUUCAACAAAUCAACUAUAAAAUCAGCCUGCACCUCAGCAGCGACGCCAAAUCCGAGAUCGAGAGCCUCCGGUGGAUUCUCAUCAGGCGGUCCGUCAUCGGCAUCCUGUUCAUGGCGAUCUUGACGCUCGGCACGCUGCGGUACGGCACGUACGUGUCCCACGAGAAGCAGAAGGAGGCGGAGCGGAUGAAGAAGCAGGCCGAGCUUAUCAAGAUGUCGCACGGGACGACGGAUCACAGCUCUGCGCCUGACGCGGCGGAGAUUUUGGCCGCGAAUUGA